AUGGAGGAGUGGGAACGCCUCUAUGGCAAGGUCUACGGAUUUUACGAGGGCGAAACUCCCAAGGUGGUCAUUAGCGACAUGGACGUCAUCAAAGAAUGCUUUGUCAAGAAAGCUAGCCUGUUCACUGACCGGCCGCCACUGGUUGUCGAUAUUGAGCCCAUACGGAGUAGCCUCAUAGGCCUCAAAGGAGAUGAAUGGAAGGGCCUCCGCGGCAUGCUGAACCCAAGUUUCACGUCGGCCAAGAUAAAACGCAUGCUGGACACCAUUCACCAGUGUUCUGACACCACCACAGACAUCCUACGUGAAUGCCUGUCGACUGAUGGACACGCCACCGUCAAUAUUUCGGCGAUCUCCCAGGGCCUUUCUUUGGACAUCAUCACCAAUUGUGCCCUCGGCUGGCAGUCCAUAGUACUGUCAGAAAAAAAAAACCUUUCUUUCGUAUUUUUCUGCCAACAGUCAGAUUGCCAACGGAACAAAGACGAUCCUGUCAUCAAGACACUUGCGAAGAUCCUCACUGACUCUGGAAACUGGAUCAACGACGUGUGCAUAGUGACCCCUAUUCUUGGAGCCAUCGUGUCGUAUAUUUUUCCUUUGCUUAGCUACGGAAAGCUGUUUGCUCGCAUAGAGAAAGACCUUCAGCGACUGCUUCAGUCGCGCAAGAGGACAACAGCCACCGCGUCUGACAUCGUUCAACUCAUGCUGGAAGUCCAGAGAAGCAGCUCGGCUGUUGACAAAGAAGACAAUGACGCAUGUGCAAGGACACCGUGCAACGUCAAGCUGAAGCCCAGUUUCAUCACAGACAAGCACGUCGUGUCGAACUGCUUCGUCUUCCUAGGGGCCGGAUUCGACACCACGGCGAGUACGCUGGCGUUUCUUCUUUACGAAUUGGCGAGACACCCAGAUGAACAGCGGCGACUCUACGACGACCUAGUGGCCGCGUUUCCUGACCAUGAAAGACUCGCGUAUGACGAACUACAAACGCUGAAGCGCUUCGAUGCGGUCAUCAGCGAGUGCCUGCGGUUAUACCCGCCUCUCGUGUUGACCACGGCCCGUGUGUGUCAAGUGGACACUCGUGUGGCGACGGGCCACGUGAUACCGCGUGGCUCACACGUCAUCCUCCCGACAUGGAAUGUGCUCCACGACUCGAAUCUGUGGGUCGACCCGUACAAGUUUGAUCCGGACCGCUUCAUCGAGAGGCCUGAUUCUGGAGCUGUCUUCGCAUCGGCGCUCUCCUUUGGUAUCGGGCCGCGAGAGUGUAUCGGCAAGCGUCUGGCGCUGCUCGAGCUUAAAGUCGCCUUGUCUAAGCUCAUCAGAAGGUUCAAGUUUAGCGUUUCCAGUGAGACGCAGGUGCCCUUGAAGUUCAAGGUUCCCUUAGUGAGUCUAAUGCUGGAGCGUGAUAUUGUGCUUCGUGUUGACUUACGGACGUGAGCAACAAUAAGUAAGAGUGUAAAAUAUGAAAAUUAAGUUGCUCCUGUGGACAACCUGAACUCUCUUUCUCUAAAAGUCACAACCCGUAAUCAACUGCCAUAAAAGUUGCUCUGUUAGACAUUCCAAUAGUCUUGCAUCGCCAAGCUGUAACUCUGUUUAGCGCUAACUACACCACAUUUAAACCAUAACUCUCGGAGUUACGAGGUGCCCUCACGAGCUUUCCUCUUUCGUAAGCCGUGCUAUGAAAAUCUGUCACAACUGUUCAGGUGCCUUCUCUAAUAAAAUAAAUAUCGCAUGACA